AUGGCGCUACGAAGCAGUAAUUCAAGCGAGCCCCUCCUUGGCACAGCUGCAUCAUGGCUCGAGCUACUCAACCAAAACACCGUGGGGUCUAGUGACAUGGAAGGCAGCAGCGAGAACUCUAGUAACAAUGAGCGGGUAUCAGCUAAGCGCUCGAAGAAAACCAGCCAGAAGGAGAAAAAGACGAAGCGGCCGGCCAAGAAGCGCCGAACAACGUACGAUAUCCGCAAGCAGCAGAAGGCUGAUCUAAUGGCCGAAUUGUCAAAGCUAGGCAAGCAACUCGAGUUGCUCCAGCAUCGCGUGCUCAUUAAUAAGGGGGAAGCGAACUCUAGCAUUGAGCGUAUUGAAGUCGCCAACUCAGUCUUGCACGAAAGAGCGCAGCACCAACACGUUGCGAUCGCAGCGAUGCAAUCGAUGCUUGUGUCUCGCAUGCAGCAAAGUCUAUCGGAGCUGCAGCCUACAGAGGUAACGAUUCGACUCGGCAUCGACCGCAAGGAACGUCGACGUACCUUGCUGGCUAUGAAGGACGAAAAACUGCGGGAAGCCAAGCGCUUUAUGACGACAUGGGGUCAAGAUCUCGACACGGGCUCGUCUUUCUCGCAGGAAAGCCAAUUCGAGUCGCUCGAAGGAGGCUUCUCGGCUUUACGUGUUGACAACGCCCCUAUUCGGGGCACUACGGUGCGAGCUGUGUUCGAUGCGAUCAUCCACUCGAUGCAGAAUGCCGAGAUCUUGAUCUCUGAGCUGUUUGGGAGUAUCACAAUCCGCGAGGACACGGACUUUGAAGCCGCAGAUAUCUCUCAAAUACGACUCGUGUCCUCGACUAAACACGGGGCGGUGGUCGAGUCCAACUCGGUCAUCUUCUCCGAACGACGACGAGUUAUAUCCGUAUCGACCAGAUGA